AUGCCCCCUCCCAACCAUUCCGAACGCAUCGAAUCCCUGGAGGACCAGGUUCGUUCCUUACUCGCUGCUCUCAAUGCUCGCAACACUCAAGAACCGUCCAAUGACAGCGCUGCAACUCGACAAGGGUUCCAGUCCAAGGAACCAGAGGCCUUCACUGGCGAGCGAGGCCACCUGGAGGCAUUCCUAGCCCAGGUCGAUGUGUUUCUGCGGCUCAACCCAGGGCGCUUCAUCAACGACUCCGACCAGAUCCUCUGGUUAUCCACACUCCUGCGUGGAGUUGCUCACCAGUGGUUCUACCCCCACCUUAGCGCCGUCAACCCUCCCGCCUGGCUCACAGACUACCCCUUAUUCAUCAAUCAACUACGUGUGGUCUUUGGGGACCCAGAUCGUAUUGCCACUGCCAAGCGGGAGAUCGAGGUUCUAUCCCAGACCACCUCAGUAGCCAACUACCUCACCCAAUUCCGCCAGCUGCAAAUGACCCUCAAUUGGGGUGAAGACGCCAUGGCUUGGUUCUUUUAUCGAGGACUCAAGGAGAACGUCAAGGAUGACCUUAGUCGCUCUGGCAAACCAACUGACCUGGAAACCCUCAUCCAGAGAUCCCUCGAGAUCGAUAACCGUAUUGCGGAGCGAAUCUCUGAAAAGAAGAGGAUGAUCACCCGGUCGGCAAACCCUACACCCAUGCCUGUCUCCAACCCUCCCAUGGCUCCAGCAGCCGUCCAUCCCUCCUCACCUUCCGCCCUUCGCGCCCCUCUUACCACAGCUGGAAAGCUGGACCCGGAAGAAUACAAGCGGCGCCAAGCAAACAACUUGUGCAUCUACUGUGCUUCUUCAGAGCACGUUGUCACAGAUUGUCCUAUUAUCAAGUCAAAAAAAUAG